AAUUUGAAUCUGUUUUCGGAAUGAAGACUUUUUCUAAAAUUAUAAACCAGAAAAAGUUAUUUUCUAAUGCAUAUUAUGGGUUUCUGUGGCCCAUUAAAAACGGAAGAGCAGUAAAUUCUGUGCCUGUUGUAUCUGGAUUUACUUAUUCUGUUUUGCUGCUGACUAGAUUCCAAUUUUGUAUCGCCCAAAAUGGCAGACUAGUUGAUUGAUUAAACAUUAACUUUCGGCACCGAGAUUAUGUUCUGACUUACAAUAGUUCGUCUACUUCCAGUUCUGGGCAACAAGAUUCAAAAAUCUGAUACCUCAGGCAUUUUUCAAAAUGUAUUCAUAAGAAAGGUCCGCAUUAUUGGAAACACCAUUAGCGUUUGGUUUGAGCCGAAAAAUUCGAAGAAAACGACCGUUGUACUCUUGCAUUUAUGAACUAUGCACAUCGUGAAAGCGAACUGUGAUUACGCGAACAGAAUCUUUGAGCUGCGUGACAGCACGUUGUAUGACAAAAAUUAGGAAGAAAUGGACGAAGAAGUGAAGAAUUAUGUCAGAGGUACACUUAAAAUUGUCCGAAGAAGUAGGAGAGAAUCAUUUGGAUUUGAAGUGCUAUCCAGUCUCGAACUUCCUCACUUGUCCACAGGUUUGAGUUGCAAUUUUAAGAAUGGAGUCAAGUGCUGUUUCGGUGGUUUCGAUGUGCUGCGGAUGGUGUGUUGUGAUGACAAUAUGAGAUUUAAUCAAACGUAUUGUGUUCGAAAAUCGGAAAUAGUAAAGAAAGUUAUGUGGAUUCCCGACCACUUUCGUAAAUAUCCGGAAAUAUUAUUAGUCGCGUGCCAGGAUUUGUGGCUUUACGAAUGUGAAAAUAUGAAAUUAAUACCACGCUGGCGUGCUGGAUUUGGGAAUAAAAUAAACCCAAUUGUUAAUUUUGACUGGAGUUAUUGGGAUCCUUCUUAUAUAUCAACGAUACAAAAGAAUGGCGAUUGCGUGUUAUGGUCGAUGGAGAAAGAACAAGAAAUAUUUCGAUUACCAUCCGAAUUUCUCUACAAACCGAAAUUGAAAACCGGUUCACAAAACAAUUCAAAUUGUCAUAUGGGAUUAUGCUUUUGCCGCAAUGUACUGAAUAAUUGUUUAAUCACUUACGGUGAGAAUACUUCGAAUUUUAUGCAAGAUAUGAGAUGCCCUACUCCGAAAUACGCGUUAACUUUUCGCGAACCGAUACUCGACAUAAAAUGCUCUUUUUGUAAUCCUUGGCAUGUUGCAUAUUUCUUCAGAAAUAAGGUAUUGGUAAUAGAUGUUAGACGUCCGGAAGAACAAAAGUAUAAAUUUAAGAAAUUUCCUUGUGAUGUAGGUACUUGUAUCUCUUGGUCUCCAUUCAAAGAUGAAAUUGCUAUUGGAACAUCAUCAGGACGAUGUAUAUUUUGGGAUUUAGAAAGAAAUGAAUAUUUAAGUAUCUUUCACGAUACAAUUAAUUUCAUAAAGAAAGUCACUUAUCAUCAUUCUAAAGAAGUUCUGUUUAUUAAUUGUUAAAUGGUUUUUAUUAAAAAUUUAUUUAAAUAUUAAUAUUUUAAUAGAUUUUAAAUGUUAACUCGAAUUUUUCUUUUAAAUUAAUAAAAAUAUUCAUGAAUUUGGCAAAAUUUUUGUAAAUUUAUGUUCAUUUUUAAAUGAUGGAUUCAUGGAAAUGCGAUGGAUUCGAUUGAAUUGUUAAAUUUUUGUAACAAAUUAAGUCAAUGGAAAUAUUUUUUAAUAUUACAAUACGUUAGAGUGCCAAUAAAGAGUAGGUUUUGAAAAUAGAAAAUUUAUACAAUUAUACAUAAUGUAAAUCGUAAAGCCAUAAAGCGGGUCUACUGUAUACAGAUGCAAGAAAUUUAGUUCAUAUUCAAUUUUUAUAAUUUAGAGCUCUUUCUAUUAACAACUAUUGAUAGAAAUGUCGGAAGAACUAUUGGAGAAAUGUGAGCAAAAUGUUAUAUAAAUAUUGUGAGGAGUGAACCUGCGGUUUCGAUUUUCGAAAAAAAUUUUACGUCACAAUUCAGCCUCUAGGGGAAAAUUUGGCCCUUCUCUUCCUUUUAAUGUGCAAAUCACAUACGCUUUGUAACAAAUUUCGGUUAUAAAACAUAUCAAAUAACGUUCUUCACAAUUCUUUACAUUUAAAUCUUUAAUGAACGAUGAUGCGCUGAUGAUUAUCCAAAUUGAAUCAUUUAAUUUCCUGCAAAAUGAAUAUAACCAGUCGGAAAUUUAUUUACCGUACUUACUUCAUGUUAAUUUAAGUUAUAUGAAUACUCUUUUUAAAGUUUCUCUUAAUUUUAAUGUAUUUGAGUUGAAGUGCUGAUGAGACAUAUGUAGAAAUAUAGCAUCGACUUACACAUUACUCAUCUGAUUUCAAGCAAGUUAGAACACAAAUACAGUUGUCCCUCUAUAGUCCGAUGUUUUUUAAUCCGACAUGCU